UCCCUCCCUACUUUGAGAAGGUGUCGACAAAAACUACAGCACCCAGAAGGCCUUGAGCGGGCUCGGUCUGGUUUUUCUGCUUGCGAGCUUGAAUGUUGGGACUUCGGUAAAAUCAGAAGCAGGGUGCAAGGUGAAGUCAACGUGAUGGGUGACAGCGUGUGCAGCUCAGAUCGGAAGCAGCAGGGGGCGCUGGACGCGCAGGCGUUUGACGCGCAGUUUAUGGACAUAGUCAGAGACGUCACUGAGCAUGAUAUCACUGACCCUGCGGUCACCGAUGCUCUUCACAGACUCAGACAGGUGAUGGAGUACAACGCCCCUGGAGGCAAGAGGAACCGCGGCCUGUCUGUGAUUGGGUCCCUGCGCGAACUUGCGGCGCCUUCCGAGCUGACCCCAGAGGCAGUGCAGCGCGCCCUGGUGGUGGGCUGGUGCAUCGAGAUGCUCCAGGCCUUCUUCCUGGUGGCCGACGACAUCAUGGAUGCGUCGCUGACGCGGCGAGGACAGGCCUGCUGGUACAAGAAGGACGGCGUGGGGCUGGAUGCCAUCAAUGACGCGUUCCUCCUGGAGGGGGUGAUAUACCGCCUGCUGCGGCGACACUGCCGAGGGGAGAAGUACUACACCCAGCUGCUGGAGCUCUUCCUGGAGACGUCUUUCCAGACAGAGCUGGGUCAAGCUCUGGACCUGAUGACAGCCCAGCCAGACCUGGUCAACCUGGCCCGCUUCACUGAGGAGAGGUACAGAGCCAUUGUGAAGUACAAGACAGCCUUUUACUCCUUCUACCUGCCUGUGGCUGCGGCCAUGUACAUGGCUGGGAUUGACAGUGAGGAAGAGCACAGCAAUGCCAAGGCCAUCCUGCUGGAGAUGGGGGAGUUCUUCCAGAUACAGGUACGGAGG